CACGAAGGCAGUUCUGUCGCAAGCUUCGCCGCGGCCGGACGUGCAAGUGGGGUGGCAUGCGCGCCGGGGUGAAACUUGCAAGCUCCCCCUUUAUCGAGCUUGCAGAUGGCUGUGCCUUUUAGAUUUUGACGUGUCCCUCCGUUCCUUUCCGUUCGUUCGUUCGUACGUUUCGUAGUGUAACAUUUCGACCGCUUGACUCUUCGCUCGCUUUAUCGUUCUCGCCACUCCCUGACGAUCAGCGAUCUUCGACAUGCCUAGGAAAGUCGGAUUCAACGUCGUCUACGCCACGAGCGAGGAGGACAGACACUCGUCGUUAGAGCUUAACGUCCACGGGCCGACCGUGAGAGGUUGGCAGAGCGCAAGAAAUUGCACGUAUCCUCAGGAACUUAUUCUACGUCUUCAUGGGCCCACGAAACUCACGAGGAUACAAGUCCUAGCGCAUCAGUAUCUCAUACCCGAGAAACUGGAGAUCUGGACAUCGAGGGAGGAAAAUGCAUCCGCUUCGACGGACUUCAGUUACCUGGGCUACAUCACGCUGUCCGAUAACGCUUCUACCCUUUACAAGAGCAGAGAACUGAAAAGCGUGGCUCUUCCGGAGACAGAAGCGGUGUCGUUGAAGCUUAGGCUACAUAAACCGCACAGUAACGCGCACAACACUUGCUGUCAGGUUGGCCUUAUCGCUAUUAAUAUACUUGGCGAACCUUAUGGUCAAGAAUUAACCGGGCAAGGGGAUGCCCCGUAUAAUCCGCAUUACACCUCGCCUUACGACGAUCUAGCGUUCGAAAUGUACGUCGACCGAGAAGUGGCCAAGAUCAUCAGACAAAUGGAAGCGAAGAAACUGCAGGCGGUGGAAGAGGAGAGAUUCGAAUACGCCUCGAAGUUGAAGGUCGCGAUGGAGAAUCUGCGAAAGGCAGGCGAACGUCUGGGUAAAUAUGAGCUGGAGAAGAAGUACGCCAUUGCUCUGGAAGACUAUGACAAGGCCAAGGCUAAGAAGGCCCAAGCCCAGCAGUAUCGACAACAGGUCUAUCAGUCGUUGGAGAUAUACAACUUGCUCGAGGUACACGGACCCAUGGAGAAGAACAACCUGUCGUCUGUGGAGGGUAAAGAACCGAUAUCGACGGACACGUGUACCUCCAACACGGCGGCGGUGGUUCCUGACGACAUCACGUCCCCCCCGAGACUAGUUAUACCACCUAAUCGCGACGGUGCCUUGUCACCGACUGGUCCUGCACACCAGCCGCCCGUGUCGCCGUUACAUCAGAAGCCCAACAGUCCUGAGGUAACUGAUAGCCCAACGAACGGUGUUCUUGAGAGACAAAGCAAUUGCAAUAAAGGAUCUCUCAGGCGGAAAACUAAGUCAGCGGGUCCUGCCCUUCGCUCAAGCUACGAAGCCUACGAGGAGAGAACUAUCCCUGCUCUGAGACACUCGCACACGAACGAGUUCACGAGGGAAUGUCACUUGGACAGCGCAGAAACGAAAGUUACCUCGAAACUGAACGACCGGGAGAAGAAACAGGCUGCGUUGCCCAUCGCGGUCUUCGGCAUGGACAUGGUAGAGAAGUUUUAUUCGAAACAAUUUACGGACAAAGAGGAGGGACUGAUGCAACUGAAGGAAGAACUGAAGACGUUCGACCCAGAGGUAUCGAAACAUUCGCCGAAUAAGACAGCCAGAGCGGCAAUCUUACUGUUACACAGGGCUCUUAGGGAUAAAGUCUUCAGCGUGUAUAGCUUGGCGGCACAGCUCAUUAGGAUCUUCUUCGCUGAAUUCGCGGCGGACAGGGUAUCUUCAACGGAGAUCGCCAGAAGCGUCGAACGUCUGUUACCCGAACUUCUAACAAAAUCCGGGGAUACUACCCCUAGAAUACACAACAUGGCAGUACACACAAUCCUCAGCAUGGCUGAUUGCAAAUGCGUUCGUGAAUUACAUAUAAUACCGGUGCAUCUGACCAGGCCAGUGAACAGCAGCACUCAUCAGAGGCUGGCACUGAGCAGACUGGAGAUGGUGGAGCAGCUGAUACUGAGCCACGGUAUCUCCACCGAGAAGCAAAGGUAUUGUAAUUGUUGUAGCGGGCUGACCUGUCGGACGUUAUCCGAAUUAGGUUCUUCCGGUCUGCAUCAUCCGGCCGAGGCGGUACGGAAAGUAUCCGAGAGGAUUUUAGUGUUAGUGUACAAAGUCAAUCCCAGGUUGGUGCGAAAGCAAUUGCCGCCUGACGAUGACAUCACUCGACGAAAUCUAUUAUAUCGCCAGCUCUUCCACGAAUUCGAUCUGAUCGAUUUGCAGAGGAAGAAGGAAGCCGAGUCCACCCAUAAAGCAACGACAACGCCUACACGAACUAAAUCUACGGAAAAUAAUGUAACUAAUCUAACUAAAUCACCGUCGAGAUCGAGCCCGGUCGUGAGUACCGGAAGUUCAACGAGUAUCACAUCUCCGUCCGAGAACAGCGCCGAUCAUAAAGGAGAUAAAAUGUGCAUAUUUUGCCUGUCGAAGGGUCAAGUGUAUUCUGAAGAAGGUUUGAAUAUACAUUACUGGAGGACUUGCCCUAUGUUAACAAAAUGCGAAGCAUGUAAACAGGUCGUAGAGAUAUCCUAUCUGAAUCUACAUUUGUUAAAUGAAUGCGAUAUGAGGAGUAAUUAUGUGAAAUGCGAGACGUGUAAACAAGCGGUGCACGAAAACGCUUUCGAGAACCACAGACAGGACAAGAAGUGCACAAAACCUAUAGAGGGGUACGAACGCUGUCCUCUUUGUUCGGCUUUAGUCAAUCAAAACAAGUGGAGGGAGCAUCUUAUGGGAGAACAUCCGUGUGUAAAUAAUCCACGAAGCAAAAUCGGAAAAAGCUGUUCGAAGUCGCCAUCUAAUUCUCAAAAUCUUAGCGGCAAAUUGACGUCGCCGACGAGUAGGGAUUACUAGCAUCAGGCAUCAACUUCAAAGCCAACGGAAAAAUUCGACAAGUCUUAAGAGAAUUUUUAUUUGACUUCUUUUAUAGUUUAUGUAUACGUUAUGAGCUAUCCAGCAUUUUUAAUAUUUGUAUUUAUAUUUAAAUGAUUUUUAUAGCAGAACCCGUCCUUUAUUCGUAGAAAUCCACAUUAAAUGGAUAUUUAGUCGUAAGUUUGGAAUCCUAACGUUUGAAAAUUUAGAUACGAUAUAUUACAUGAAGCGAGUUCACAAAAGUCGUACGGAAGGUGUGCUUUGGCAAAUAGCCAAAGUGCAGAACAUUAGAGGUUGUUGACAGGUUCCAUUCAUUCUAUCGUUAUCGCAUGAUACCCAGGGGCAUUUAUGGGGUUGUAUCAAUUAUUAGGUAGUGUUAUCAGAUGUUGCGACAUCAGUUAUUUCAGAAUUAAUACGAUUCCUCUGCAUCCGGCCAUAUUUAUAACAAAAAUUUGUACUAUAUUACUAUAUAUGGCAAGAUGCGUCAAAUAAACAUUAGGCUCAAGAACAGGAAGUUCCCGGUCGUUCAAACAACACACAUAUAUAUAUAUAUAUAUAUAUAUAUACAUAUACAUAUAUAUAUACAUAUAUAUAAUGUUGUUAAUAUAACGCAUGUAAUUUCAUAAAAUAGUUAUUUCAUAGAAAAGAGACAGUAAAAGUAAUCAUUUCCCUCAUUACCCCAUUGUCAAAGUUUUUAUCCUACAAAAUCAUAUUUUUAUUUGACUUAUUUAUAACAUAAUUCUUAGCUCAGGCUAUUAUAUCGUCAUAACGCUUGGCCGUGGUUAAGAUAAAAAAAGAAUGUCCCGGUUUAUGUAAAAAAUGUAAUUUAAAUAUUUCACUUAUAUAUAUAACUAUAAUCUGCACAGCGAGAAGAGGACGCGCAUAAAACAUUAGAAAACUUGUUAAAUCAUAAUUACGCUGUAAUAAGUCAUUUAUUCGUCUCGACCUCUGCGUCAUUAAUCUUCUCUGUGCCAUCGCCAUUCUCCGGGAGAGCGGUCUUUUUGCUGAUAGAAUCUUCGGGUUCAAUUUUACCGUUGUUGAUAUCUUCAGUUGACAGAGCCGCGCGACUUUCUUCGAACUUAUUUUUCUCUGUAAAAUUGUGGUGUAAAUAAUCGUAUUCUUCCACACAUCGCAAUAUGUAUGAUAUUACUAUAUUAUGUUCAACAUACCAAAUUUCGAGCAAUCCGCUCCUAAAAGUCGUAAAUAGUGAACCGCAUCACAAGUAGA